UGGGUCCUUGCUGGGUUUUCUUUAUGUUACAAUCAGCUCAACACCUUGAUACUCGUACGAGUCAUAAAGGAGAUGACCAAUUUGUUGCAGCCAACUGGGGAAGACAACCAUUUUCAGCAAAUACGAAUGGGCAUCGAAACAUGCGUGGUGAUGAUUCCCCUCCUGGGUGUCACGUGGCUAUUCGGUCUCCUCUCGCCUGUACAUAAAACUUUCGUUCACAUCUUCACCAUACUCAACUCUGCUCAGGGUUUCCUGAUUUUCUCUCUACACUGCAUGCGAAACACUCAGAUCAGAGAGCGUUUCAAAAGAAAGAUGAACAUCGUUUUUCGAUCUUCUAUAAAGAGCAACUCCACAAGGAAGAGCUCACAGGUCAAUCCAAGUGAGGUUGGGGAUGUAUGGGCAGUUAAAUUGCAGUCUUGUGCUCAGUUUUAAUCGAAAUCGCACCUAACUUAAAUAACUGGAUCCAGCCAACCGGAAAUGACAGUCAAUUACUUAUUGCAAUCACUUAGUUAACAGCAUAAAGUCGGUUACGAUCGAUCUGACUUGCGAUCUGCAGCUAAAAAGAGGUUUUUCUUUUCAUAAUUGUUUAAGCACUCAACUAACUGUAAUUGUAAUCUAUCUUCUUUAC